UCCUUCUUGCCUUGUAAAGACCUGGGCUGCCGCUAGGCGUUCUCGAUUGUCGCAAAGUGCCGUGAAGCGCGCCGCCCCAGCGAAGAUGGCGGCUGAGCUGCACCCGCGCAGCGGAAAGCUCAUCGGGCUGUCCAAUUCAAACCGCACGGCGCAGCGAAACCAGCCGGUUCAGGAGUUUAAUCACGGCCUGGUGCUGAGCCGAGAGCCGCUGCGGGACCGCGAUGUCUUUACGGUCCGGAUCGACAAGAAGGUGAACUCAUGGAGCGGCUCGAUAGAGAUCGGCGUGACGGCGCUGGACCCGGCCGCUCUGGACUUCCCCAGCAGCGCGACGGGGCUAAAGGGCGGCUCAUGGAUCGUUUCCGGCUGCUCUGUGCUGAAGGACGGCCGCUCGGUGCUGGAAGAGUAUGGGCGUGACCUGGACCAGCUGGGCGAAGGGGACAGUGUGGGGAUUCAGAGGAACGGCCUUGGAGAGCUCCACCUGUGGGUGAACGGGCAGGACUGCGGUCCGGCGGCCAGCGGGCUGCCCUCACGCCUGUGGGCCGUAGUGGACCUCUACGGGAAAUGCACUCAGGUCACAGUGGUCAGCUGCGAGCCUCCACCGGAUACACAGAGCGACGAGCGGGACGAGAUAGAAGAAGGAGAGGUGGACAGGCCGACGUCUAGGCCGGCGUCUACGUCGGGGUCUACGGCCACAUCUCCGGCUGCCCUCAUGCCGGAUCAUGAGGACAGACCGGGGGGCAUGGCUUUACCCGGGGUUCCUGCGAUCGUUGCCUUGACAAACGGCUCAGCUGAUGACGCCUCAGCGCCCGAACUUACACGAGGACACGGACACAGACAUGGCCGACCCGACAAAUUCCCAAAUAACUUCGAUCCAGACACCGUCCUCACGGAGCACCAGUUAUUCGACGUGUUUAACAACGCCAUCGUGUCGCUGUACCGAUCCGAAGAUGAAGGAGGAGAGGACCUGGGUUUAGGAGGAACAGGCGGUUCGGGAGGAAGUUCCGACUCCUCAAGAGGGGGGACGGGAAGCAGUAACGGAUCAGGAGGAAACGAGAACGGAAGCAGGAGCGGCAAUAACAACAGCCCACCCGGAAGUGGAGGUGUGGCGGGAACGGUGAUAAACAACAGUGGGAUGACCACCAACGAUGCGCUGCUGUUCCACGAGAAGUGCGGCACGCUGAUCAAACUGAGCAACAACCACAAGACGGCCGAGAGGAGGAGACCGCUGGACGAGUUCAACAACGGCGUGGUCAUGACCAACCGCCCUCUCAGGCACAACGAGAUGUUCGAGAUUCGUAUUGAUAAGCUGGUGGAUAAAUGGUCUGGAUCCAUUGAGAUCGGAGUGACGACACACAACCCAAACAACCUGGACUAUCCUGCAACUAUGACCAACUUGCGCUCAGGAACCAUCAUGAUGAGCGGCUGUGGAAUUUUGACCAACGGAAAGGGCACACGGAGGGAGUACUGCGAGUUCAGCCUGGACGAGCUCCAGGAAGGAGAUCAUAUUGGGCUGAUGAGGAAAGCCAGUGGAGCGUUACACUUCUACAUCAACGGCAUUGACCAAGGCGUAGCUGCUAACCAGACCCCGGGCGUAGUGUAUGGUGUAGUAGACCUCUACGGCAUGGCGGUAAAGGUCACCAUCGUCCACAAUCACAACCACAGCGACCGUUUACGGCGCAACAACGCCAUCAUGAGGGCUCUGUCCCCCGACGUGGGGCGACCCCGACCCGCCCUCUCGCUCACUACCGACCCUGAUGCUCCGGACCGCCUACUUUUUCACCCUAACUGCGGGCAGAAAGCGGCCAUCAUCAGUGAUGGCAGGACGGCCCUGCGACCUCACGCGACAGACGACUUUAAUCACGGGGUGGUGCUUAGCAAUCGCCCGCUGCACUCCGACGAAGUGUUCCAGGUGCGCAUCGACAAGAUGGUGGACAAGUGGGCGGGGUCUAUCGAGAUCGGCGUGACCACGCAUAACCCCGCCUACCUGCAGCUGCCGUCCACCAUGACCAACCUGCGCUCAGGGACAUGGAUGAUGACGGGGAACGGAGUGAUGCACAACGGAACCACUAUACUAGACGAGUACGGGCACAAUCUGGACCGAUUAAAGGCCGGAGACACUGUCGGCGUGGUGCGGAAGGACGACGGCAGCCUGCACUUUUUCGUGAACGGAGUUCCUCAAGGCCCGGCAGCCUGGAACGUCCCGCCCAGCGUUUACGCCGUAGUGGACCUGUACGGUCAGGCGGCUCAGGCGACCAUCAUGGACGACAUGGCUGAUCUUCCUCCUCUCCCAGACGACAGCUCUGAAGGUCCGAUCGCCCUGUCCCCCGGCAGCCCUUGUUCCGUCACCGGGGGCAGUGCGACCACUGACCUGCGCUUCCAUCAGCUGCACGGCACCAACGCCGUCAUCACCAACGGCGGGCGCACGGCGCUCCGUCAGAACUGCCGCAGCGAGUUCAACGACGCCAUCGUCAUGUCCAACAGGUGCCUUCGUGAUGGUGAGUUGUUUGAGAUUGUGAUUCAGAAGAUGGUGGAUCGCUGGUCAGGAUCGAUAGAAGCAGGAGUAUCUGCGAUCAGACCAGAGGAACUGGAGUUUCCCAACACCAUGACUGAUAUUGAUUAUGAUACCUGGAUGCUGAGCGGAACAGCCAUCAUGCAGGAUGGGAACACCAUGAGGAACAACUACGGCUGUGAUCUGGACUCCUUGGGGACGGGCUCCAGGAUCGGAAUGAUGCGUUCAGCCUCCGGAGAUCUCCACUACUACAUAAACGGGGUGGACCAGGGGGUGGCGUGUACCGGACUACCGCCAGACGUGUUUGCUGUGAUCGAUCUGUACGGUCAGUGUGUUCAGGUGGCAAUCACAAAUUCCUCUGGUCCUCUUGACAACAGUUUGUGCACCAGCAACAUUACAGAGAAAAGUUUCCCAAUACACUCACCAGUGGCAGGAGUGGCUCAUCGCCUGCACAGCAAGCACGGGAAGAACGUGGUGUUGCUGGGAGAUGGCUGCCAGGCAGUCAGGGUGGGAGGAUAUUCUCACGGCAUCGUCUUCAGCACAAAGGAGCUCAAGACGGAUGAACUGUUCGAGGUGAAGAUCAACGAGGUGGAUGAGCAGUGGUCUGGGUCGCUACAUAUCGGCCUGACCACCCUGCAACCCCCGGACCUGCCCUCUUGCCCCCUAAGUGGCCUGUCGCCCUCACUCACUCAACUCAGGUCAAAAGUCACCUGGCUGCUCGCCGGGUCGGAGGUCAGACGCAACGGUGUUCUGCAGAGACAAAACUUCGGCUGCUCGCUAGACCGACUGACGGUGGGAAACCGUGUAGGUGUAAAGAGAUGCAGCGAUGACACAAUGCACGUCUUCAUCGAUGGAGAGGACAUGGGACCUGCUGCUACUGCUGUGGCUAAGAACGUGUACGCAGUGCUGGACCUGUACGGGAAGGUGACGGCCGUAUCCAUUGUCAGCUCCACCGUGGUGGAGGAUACGGACAGUGUAAAAGCUCCAUCCCUCUCUUCGGACAGCUGCAGUGAGGGAGAGGACGAGUCCACAGCGUGCGAGAGCGAGCCUGCUGCGGUCCCCGUUUCGAUGUCCUUCCUGGAGAACCACGGGAAGAACAUCCAGCUUUCCAAUCAGAACCUGACGGCCGAACGAGUCUCGAGUUAUAACCAGGGCCUGCUGGUCACUGCACAGGCUCUGCCUCGCCAGCAGCUCUUCCAGUUUCAGAUAGACAGACUGAACACAUCGUGGACGUCGUCUCUCUCUCUGGGUGUGAUCGGUCACUCUCCAGAUCGCCUCAACUUCCCCUCCACGGCCUGCUGCCUUAAACGCUCCGUCUGGCUGCUGCAGCGAGACUCUGUCUUCCACAACUCACUGAAGAUCUGUGAGAACUAUGGUCCGAACUUGGACACGUGUCCUGAGGGGACGGUGUUGGGUCUGCUGGUGGACGCUAACAGCUGUCUGCACCUGUAUGUGAAUGGGAUGGACCAGGGUGUAGCAGCACAGGACAUCCCGAGCCCAUGCUAUCCACUAAUCGACCUGUAUGGCCAGUGUGAACAGGUUACCAUAGUGACCAGCCACAUGGAGGCCGUGGGGGCAGAGAGUGGAGAGGUGCGCUGCCAAGGAGACAUGGAGAAAGCAGACAUGGUGGACGGAAUAAAGGAGAGUGUGUGCUGGACGCCUCCUCCUGAGGUGAACCCCAAUAAGACGUGCGAGUACCAGGCUCUCUGCUCCAGAUUUAAGGAUCUGCUCACACUGCCAGAUGGCUACUUCAAUGAGGACGCCAAGUAUAACCUUUGUUACUGCGAGUCCUGCCAUAAGCUGCGUGGUGAUGAGGCGUAUUACAAACGUGGAGAACCACCACGAGAUUACGCUCUGCCUUUCGGCUGGUGCCGCUUCGCCCUGCGGAUAAAGCCUCACUGUGAGAUAGCGAACAGCUAUAAGAAGUGGCACAUCGCGUAUCACGGGACGAGUGUAGGAUCUUUGCGCCGCACGCUGGACCACAGUCAACUUCUACCUGACGCCUCGUCCGUGUUCUCGCCGUCUCCGGUGAAGGUGGAAGGUCACGGCAGCUACAGUGAGCCGGAGGAGAACAGCGCCCCCGAGAGGGAGGUUCCUCGCGUGCACCUCUCCCCCACCAUGCGCUACUCCGGCCUCGAGAUCUUCUCCCCUAAAGUGCAAUUCCGAGACCCUCGCUCCCUGCGCUGUCACCACGCCCAGGUGGGCUUCCAGGUGUGUGUGCGUCCGAGCUCCUACAGUCGGCCUCAGUCUCUGGGUCUCAGCGAACCGCUCGAUCCCCGAUUUAACAACACUGAGAUCGAGUGGAUCACCAAGGAGCAGGGAGGAACCCUGCUGUACGGCCUGCUGAUCCGCGUCGAGUGACGGGGAGAGAGAGAGAGAGGAGAGAGAGAGAGAGAGAGAGAGCAGGCUGCUGGUCCUGCUUUCUGAGAAAUUAAGCUCCUUUCUCUCUCUCUAUUUUUUCCCUUUUUUUUUUAUUUAAAGAUAGUGUUUUUUUGGGAGACACUUCCUGCACUUUAUGUUUCGGACCCCAGCAGACGAUCUCUCUCUCUCUCUCUCUCUCUCUCUCUCUCUCUCUCUCUCUCUCUCUCAAUAUAUAUUAUCCCUCUUUAUCCAUCCUUCUUGAUUCCUCUUUAUCUAUCUCUCUAUCCCACUCUUUUUUGCUGUCCCUCCUUCUAUUUAUCCAUCUCACUUGCUCCCUCUAUUAUUUCUUAUUCUCUUUUUCUCCCUUGUUCUUUUUUCAUCAGUAUGUUUUUAUCCUUGUAUCCUAAUUUCGCUCACUGUGGCUCUCUUUCCUUGUCUCUUUCCUUCUCUCUCUCUCUCUCUCUCUCUCUCUCUCUCUCUCUCUCUCUCUCUCUCGAUGGUUCUCCUCCUCUCUGUAGCACAGGCCUGUUUUUUUUUUUUUUUUAACUGUUGGUAAACAGACUCAGUACCGCCCCCACCUGGCACUACACAAAGACAAGCUAAAGAGUAAAAACAAACCAGGAAACAGACUUAAAGAAAGCAGGAUCAUGAAGCUCUUCAGUCCAGGGUUCAGGUUCUCGCUGUUCCAAUUUACACAGGGGAAGAUUUUAAACGUCGCACACAGUGUUACAUUUUUACUACAUCCUGUUAAACAAACAAAAACAGAGGUCACAUCGUCUUUCAUCACCACCGGCUUGUGUAGAGUGGAACUGUCUUUCUCAUUCUCUCUCUCCUCCUUUACUCCAGAGGAACCGUACAAACUCCCCUCCUGGUUCUGCUCGUGCUCCAAUAUCAUAACAACUGGAAAAAAAAGAACAGAUACCUCUCUCUCUCUCUCUCUCUCUCUCUCUCUCUCUCUCUCUCUCUCUUCCCCCUCUCUUUCUCUCACCGAAAAGCUAAUUAUUGUAAUGUCUGAAGGUGCAACAGACGGAGCGUUCACCACUUCAUUAUCUCCCGUCUCAGCCAGAAUAAAAAAUCCUUUGUGCUCGUAAAUAUUUAA